AUGGCAGGACCCAUACGACAGCCCAUUGAUAUCCCAAGCUUGGAAAGGUACAUCGACAAGAAUGUGCCGGAGAUCAAGACGCCAUUGGAUAUCAAGCAGUUUGGCUAUGGCCAGUCAAAUCCAACAUACCUCCUGACAUCUCGAUCUUCCAAUGCCAAAUACGUCCUACGCAAGAAGCCGCCAGGAAAGCUAUUGUCCAAGACAGCACAUCAAGUCGACCGCGAAUACAAGAUCAUCCAUGCUCUCGAGAACACAAAAGUCCCGGUACCAAAGGCAUUAUGUCUCUGCCAGGACGACAGCGUGAUCGGGACGGACUUCUACAUCAUGUCUUUCCUGCAAGGCCGCAUAUUUGAGGACCCAGCAUUACCAGAUGUGAGCGAGGGUGACAGAAAGAAGAUGUGGAAGAGUGCCGUACAAACGCUUGGGAAGUUCCACAGCGUUAGACCAAAAGACGUAAAGCUGGAAGGCUUCGGCCGACCUUCAAACUUCUACAACAGACAACUGAAGACCUUCGCCACGAUCUCCGAAGCUCAAGCAAAAGCCGUAGACGUUGAUACAAAGAUCCCCGUAGGCAAGAUCCCGCACUACGACGACAUGGUCGCUUUCUUCGGCCAAGCAGACACCCAGCCCAAGGACCGCAGUACCUUCGUCCACGGCGAUUACAAGAUCGACAACAUGGUCUUCCACCCCAAAGAGCCCUACGUAAUCGGUAUCCUCGACUGGGAAAUGGCCACAAUCGGCCACCCACUCUCCGACGUAACCAACCUCCUCAUGCCCUUCACGACCGCCUCCUCCGAAAGCCUCCGAAGCGUCGGUCGAGCAAAUACCGCUUUCAUCCCCGGCGCCACGCCCGGCCUGCCGACAAAGCAGGAAUGUAUCUCGUGGUACGAGGACGCCGUCGGCUGGAAAGUCACGAGUACGGAGAUGACGUGGGCGGACGCCUUUGGGAUUUAUAGGGGGAGUGUGAUUAUGCAGGGGAUUGCGGCGAGGUAUGCGCAGCGGCAGGCUAGUAGCGAGAAGGCGGGGGAUUAUGCCGUGCAGAUGAGGCCUUUUGCUGAGCAAGGGUGGGAAUUUGUCAAGGAGUUUAUGCGGAAAUUGGAGGCGGGUGAGGGGAGGAGGGAGCAGGCGAGGUUGUGA